UCAGAAUAUCAUAAUAUGUCGUUACUUCAUUACCUAAAUUGACCUUUUGUAUUAUGUUUAUAGAUUUUGAGUGGAUUUUAUGUACUUUAUUUGACGUAGCAAUGGUAGCAGAACUUGAAGAUACAUCACCGCAGUAUCACGGCCCACAGUCGACUGUCGUAUAAGUUUCCUAGCCAAUUAUAACAUCCCAGAUCAUCAUAACCUAUAUCCCUAAGAUUUAUCAGCUUUGAACCACUUGCUUCCUUUUGAUCAUACAAAUGAAUAUUUUCCAAGAGGUUUUCCGUUUAAAAUUCUUUGUGCCCUCCUUGUUUCUCCCAAUUUUGUAACAUGUGUAGCCCUUCUGAGACUCCAUAAUUUCGCCAUUCUGAUAAUAUUAAUUGACUGUAAACCACGUUUAUUUCAUUUAGUUGCAAACAAUUUUAUUGCUGAUUACUUUUUGGUUUGGUUAAGAUUGUUGAUUCCCAUAUUAUGGAUCCCGUAUUGCUUCAGAAGCAGGUUCGUGAUAAUGCAGAAGAUCUUAGGAAUCAUAUGCAAGAAUUAAAAAACUGGGAAGCUGAAAUGAAGCGGAAGGAAUCAGAACUUCUCGCAAGUGCUUCUGGUAACCAGGCACUUCCACCUGUUCGCAGUAAAAUAAAAAGAACAUCUAUAGACCAGAAAAGUAAACAUGAGAAACAGAAUGAAAGGCCGGUGAGGAUUUCUGGAUAUGAUUAUACCGCUUGGGACAAAUUUGAUGUGGAUAAGGCAUGUGAAGAACUUGAUAUUGGAGGACAUGAAGAAUCUGAAGAAGAUGGUGAUGACAGAGUCAGUGAUACUGAGGAAAAACGGCUUAGAGAAGAAGCAGUUUAUGAAAAGAUAAUGGGAAAUGAUUUAGUAAAGAAUCAAAAGUGGAAGGAGGCCAUCCAAUGCUACAGCCGAGCCAUUAAAUGUUUCCCUUAUGACGCUAUUUUCUAUGCAAACCGUGCCCUCUGUUACCUAAAAACACAAGAUCUUAGGUCAGCGGAAGUAGAUUGCACGACGGCACUACAGUUGGAUUCUAGUUAUGUGAAAGCCUAUCAGCGUCGUGCAAUGGCUCGAAUUAGAUUGGGCCAGUUACAGGAGGCAAGAGCUGAUCUGCUAAAAGUGAUGGAACUAGAGCCAAAGAACAUGGAAUCAAAAGCAGAAUUAAUGAAACUGGAAAAGAAAAUCAAUAUAAAACCUCAACAAAAAUCUGUGAAAGACUCUAGUUCAGGAGCUUGUAGUAUUGUGAUCCAACAGACAGAAAAACAAGCGCAAACAUCAUCUGUUAUAUUUGAAAGUGAAAAAGUAGAGGAGGAAACAGGCAAACAAAAUGAAAGUGAAUGGUCAUGUUCUAAACAAAUCAUAAAGGAAAAGAAUAAACUAAUUCCUCGGACAUCUGGCAAGAAAACUAUUGUUGCAACAGAAAUAGAAAAGAAGGCAAAGUGUUCAUCAAACCAAGAAAUUGUGGACGGCCAAAGUGGAGAAUCAUGGUUGCUGCAGAAUAUCGCGUCUCAAGAACAGAUAUGGCCUACACACGGACAAGUUACAUUGGUACAGUCAAUACACAAACCUCCUCAUUUACGUUCUAAAAAAGCUCUGAAGAGAAUUGAAAUUAGAGAAGUUGAUAAUACCUCUAAUCAUGAGUGUGAAGAAAGUACCAAAGCAUGCACUAAUGGAGCUGCUUCAGUGGGAAAUGAAAGUAAUCAAAUUGCUCUUGGAAUAGAUGCAAGAGAGCACAAAAGUGACAAAGAGCAAACAUUAGAGGAAAUCUGUGAAGUUAUUGAUGCAGAAAGUAAUAAAAUUAAGCCAGUGCCUGAAAAGGCAAAUUCUGUGUCACAGAAUACAGUCACUGAACUUCUGUCAGGAAAGGAAUCAGAAGAAGUUCCCCCCAUCCCUAAAACAUCAGUGCAGUUUCUAGCUGCUUGGAAGAAAGUAAGAACAAAUCCUCGGCUCAGGUACCUCUAUUUGAAGCAAAUUCCUGGUGCAGAUUUUCCAAAAAUAUUCCACGAUUGUUUGGAGAGUAGCACACUUAGUGACAUAAUAUCAACCAUAAAAACUGGAUUUCUUCAGUUCAAAGAGCCUGCUUUACCAUACAUUAUGGGAUUGUCCAAUGUUCGAAGAUUUGGUGCUCUAGCAAUGUUCAUGUCACAAAACGACAAAGCAGGAAUCAAGGAGAUAUUAAAAUACUGCAAAGAACAAGGUGAAUGUUCAGAAGAAGACUGUACAGACAUAGUGAAGAAGUAUGAGUUAUAUUAGAAAUUUAUAAUCAUUCCUGCAGAUUAAAUGUAUCAUGUUAAACUGUAAUAAAGAUUUUCAGUAUUCUGAAAA